CCACGGUCACGUAUGCUCCCGCCUCUCGCGCGCUCUUUACGCUUCAGCCUCAAGAACUGGCGCAUUCCCGUCAUUCCUCGCGCUCAGCUGCUCGUUACGCCGCUCUCUACCCCGUCGGACAGGUGAAGCGAGCGCGCACAGCUCCGGGAAGGCACCGGUUUUUACGCGCGGCAGCUUUUACGCACGGCAGGUUUUACGCACGGCAGGUUUUACGCACGAAGCUUUACGCGCGGGUUUCCCAUGGGCGACUGCAUGCAACGCUUCUGCCCCUGUCUGGUCUCGCUAUGGAAACGGAUCCAGGGGGAGAAGCCCGCGGAUGGAGCUGCGCCGCGCGGAGGAGGCGACGCCGGGGAGAAAGGCGAAGGGACACCGCCGCCGCCCCCGGGGGACAGGCCCUCCGAGCCCGGGUGCAUGUACGUGGCUCUGUGGGCUUUCGAGGCGCGCAGCGUGGAGGAGAUGUCGUUCCGGGAGGGGGACUUGUUCAACGUGGUGAGCCGUGACGGGGACUGGUGGAAGGCGCGGAGGAUCGAUACCAACGGUCGCGUGCUCGGUACCGGGAUCGUACCGAGUAAUUAUCUGGAGCGGGCGGAGUCCAUGAAAACGCAAUCAUGGUACUUCGGGACGUUGAACCGUUUCGAGGCUCACGGGCACCUCAUGAACGAGGAGAAUGAGAACGGCUGUUUCCUCAUCAGAAAGAGCGACCGGGAGUCUGUGGGAUACGUUCUCUCAGUCAGAUCGAGCACACGGGUGAAGCAUUUUCGGGUGAUGAAGAACAGCAGCGAUCAGUUCCACAUUGAGACGUCUCCACAGUUCCCCACCCUCAUCGACCUGGUGGAACACUACAGCAAGUGCAGCCUGAGCACCGCCGGGACACUGGGCAAACCGUGCAGACGGAAAAAGCCGAAGCCCACAGAUUUGGACUUGAACGAGUGGGAGCUUCCCAAACACGAGUUCACGCUGGAGGAGGAGCUGGGCAGCGGCUACUUCUCUCAGGUCUACAGGGGGCGCUGGAAGAGCCGCAUCAGCGUCGCCGUCAAGAUCAUCAAGAACGACUCGGAGCUGAACCAUAAUGAGUUUAUUCGGGAGGUGGAGAUCCUGAAGAGGCUGCGUCACCGUCACCUGAUCUCCCUGUUCGCCGUGUGCACCGAGUCUCCGCCGUUUUACAUCGUGACGGAGCUGAUGGAGAAAGGAAGUCUGCUCAAGUUCCUCAGAGGUCCAGAGGGGCAGCACCAGGACAUGGUGUCUCUGGUGGACAUGGGGACACAGGUGGCUGAUGGGAUGUCGUACCUGGAGGAGAACAACUGUAUCCACAGAGACCUGGCCGCUCGGAACGUCCUGGUGGGAGACGGAUACAUCUGUAAAGUGGCAGACUUUGGACUCGGGAGACUUAUCAAGGAGCCCUUUUACCUUUCUGAGGAUAAAAAGAUUCCGUACAAGUGGAGCGCUCCUGAAGCCAUCACCCACGGAAAGUUCUCCAGCAAAUCGGACGUGUGGUCUUAUGGAAUUUUACUUUAUGAAAUCAUCACAUUUGGAGCAAUCCCGUACCCAGGUUUGCAGACGCAGGAGGUUUUCGAUCAGGUGACCAGUGGAUACAGAAUGCCCCGUCCCAACAAGUGUCCGGAAUUUCUGUACGCAAUCAUGCUAGAAUGUUGGAACGCCGAGCCCGAGAGCAGACCCACAUUCAGGUCCCUAAAGCAGCGCCUGGACAGCAAAAUCACCGGCUACGAGUGGGACAAAUGAACUAUUCCUACCAAUGGACACACUGUGAAAUUCAAAGGGAAGGACUUGAAAAUCACUGUAGUUAACCAACUAACUGUUGUAAAUAGAAAAUACUGUGAAUGUUGGGCCUAACUUGUAUUUUCACCAGGUUUUAAAGGCUCACUGUGUAACUUUUGUGUGGAAGGGUGCGCCAACUGCAUGUCUGUUGAGAUUUAAGUCGUGUUAUAAUGCUGCUACCGCCUCAAAAACAAA